AUGCUGCCCCGACUCAGUGCUCGAGCCUUGAGACCGCGUCUGGCGCCUGAAGCUAGGAGAGCAAUAUCCGUGCAGUCGAUACUUCAUGGGUCUCCCGAAGCGCAGCAGGAGGGCGAGGUGCAAGUCUUGCAGCAUUCCAAGCUGAUUGCACGAGGCAAGUAUAUACACGGCUUUGAGGUACAUCGAGUGAAGCCGGAUGCUGUUGCGGAGUAUAAGAAGGCAGCCGAGAACUACUAUGCUCCCAUAAAGGACGACCCGGAGUUGCACGUGAAGUUGACGGGAAGCUGGGAGGCGGUCAUUGGAGAGCAAGAUACCUUUUUUCACAUCCUGGAGUACGAGAACUACAAUGGUUAUGACAGUACCACUCAGAAGAUCCGGAAGUCGGACCACGCCAAGGCGUACCAGGAGAUGAUACCCCACCUGGUUUCUCGCUCGUCUCAACUGUGUCAGGAGUUUGCAUUCUUGCCAACCGCUCCUCCACACUCUGAGGGUGGUAUCUUCGAGUUGCGCUCGUACCAGUUGAACCCGGGAACAUUACUGCAAUGGGAGUACACAUGGCGUAAAGGUAUUGAAGCUCGUCGGAAGUUCGUCGAACCUGUGGGUGCAUGGUUCUCGCAAGUUGGGCGUCUCCAUCAGGUCCACCACUUGUGGCAAUACCCCAAUCUCGAGACUAGGAAGGAGACGCGCGAGAAGGCUUGGAAACUGGACGGGUGGUCCGAGACUGUCUCGAAGACGGCCGAAUACUCCAGGCUCAUGGAUUCGAUCAUUCUCAAGUCCCUUCCGUACAGUCCGCUGAAGUAG